GCAUGCGUAGUUGCGCCAGAGUAAUUUGUGUUGAUAUCCUGCUUACUAGUAUUCAUUUAGUCCUCCGCGUUCCAUAGUCAUUUUUAUCCUCAGCGCGGGAGUUUGAUUUGCAGGGGGCAGCCGAGCUAACCUAAAUGUUUUCUAUAUGAGGGGCUGAUGGAAGACGCACGGGAUUUGGCCGAGCGCACUGCACGUUCAGAGCGGAAGCGUAGGGACUCAUUCGGGAUGUUUGAUGGCUACGACAGCUGCAGUGAGGAGUCCACCACCAGCUCCAGCUCAGAGGAUAGCGAGGAGGAUGUUGUGCCCUCCAUCCCAGCCAGCCUGCCCAUCAUCAAGAAUAAUGGACAGGUCUACACCUAUCCUGAUGGCAAAGCUGGGAUGGCCACAUGUGAGAUGUGUGGAAUGGUGGGUGUUCGAGAUGCUUUUUAUUCCAAAACCAAACGCUUCUGCAGCGUGUCUUGUUCCAGGAGUUAUUCCUCGAAUUCUAAAAAAGCUAGCAUUCUGGCACGGCUCCAGGGCAAACCUCCGACAAAGAAAGCAAAAGUUUUGCAGAAACAGCCUCUUAUGGCAAAGUUGGCAGCUUAUGCCCAGUACCAAGCAAGUCAGCAGAACCAAGCCAAGUCCAAAUCUGUGGUGCCUGUAGAGAGCUUUGACUGGGGAAGGUACAUCUGCAGCAGUAACACAGUGGGAGCUCCCGUCAGCUGUUUUAAGCAUGCCCCUAUGGGGACAUGCUGGGGAGACAUAGAAGAAGGAGUGAGGAUUGAAGUGCCCAACUCUGACACCAACCUCUCCACUAAGGUCUACUGGAUAGCAGAAAUCAUAAAGCUGGCAGGGUUCAAGGCACUCCUGAGGUAUGAGGGCUUCGACAACGACACCAGUAAAGACUUCUGGUGUAAUCUCUGCAUCCCUGAGGUGCAUCCAGUAGGUUGGUGCGCUUCCAGCAACAAACCUCUUGUACCUCCAAAAAGCAUACAGCAUAAGUACUCUAACUGGAAAGCCUUUCUUGUGAAGCGUCUCACUGGAGCAAAAACACUGCCAUCGGAUUUUAAUGCCAAGGUUCGUGAAAACAUGCAAUUCCCAUUUAAGAAGCUGAUGCGGGUAGAGGUGGUGGAUAAGAACUACUUGUGCCGGACACGAGUGGCUCUGGUGGAGCAGGUGAUCGGAGGGCGCCUCAGGCUGGUCUAUGAGGAUGACGGGCUAGAUGACUUCUGGUGCCACAUGUACAGCCCCCUGAUCCACAAUAUAGGCUGGUCGCGGAGUAUCGGCCACCGCUUCAAACGAUCUGAUGUCACAAAGAAAUCAGAAGGACAAGUCGAUGCCCCUGCACAACUAUUUCAGAAGGUUAAAGAUGUGGACCCCAGCGAAGAGUGGUUCAAAGAUGGGAUGAAGUUGGAAGCUAUAGACCCCCUCAAUCUCUCAGCUAUCUGUGUGGCCACAGUAAAAAAGGUGUUGGCAGACGGUUACCUCAUGAUUGGAGUUGAUGGCUCGGAGGCCAUUGACGGAUCAGACUGGUUCUGCUACCAUGGGAUGUCUCCCUCCAUCUUUCCCGUCGGCUUUUGUGAAAUCAACAACAUUGAACUCACGCCCCCUAAAGGGUACACUAAGUUGCCAUUUAAAUGGUUUGACUACCUCAGAGAAACGUGCUCAAUAGCUGCCCCUGUUAAACUCUUUAACAAGGAGGUUCCCAAUCACGGUUUCCGGAUAGGCAUGAAGCUGGAAGCCGUUGAUUUGAUGGAGCCGCGGCUCGUAUGUGUUGCCACAGUAACGAGGAUCGUGCACCGGCUACUAAGGAUCCACUUUGACGGCUGGGAAGACGAGUAUGACCAGUGGGUGGAUUGUGAGUCACCAGAUCUCUACCCAGUGGGCUGGUGUCAGCUGACGGGCUACCAGCUCCAACCACCUGCCUCACAAAGUAGCAGAGACAUGCCCCUGUCGGUGCCCAAGCAGAAGAAAAAGACGCCACAGUACAAAGGACAAAAGAAAAAGAGGAAGAUUCCAGUUGGUCGACGACCCUUCAGUCAGUCAGGCAGGAGGAGGAGCAGCUUCUCAGGAGACGAAGAGCAGAGUCCACCCAGUUACCAUGUCCACGGGCCCGCUCGGCCCAGAACCCACCUCCAUCUGAUCCACAAAUCAGAGUCUCUGCUGCGGAUGAAAGAAGACAUGGCCGAUCUGGACGAGUUCACCUUCACGCAGGGAACCUCAGACCAAGAAAGCAAUGGCUCAGGCAGCUACUACAUCAAACAGGAGCCGUGAAGGUCAACGGGACACGGAGGAGAAGCUCGUGGACGCACCUGCAGAACAAGACGCCGCAGCAUCUGGAAUCACUCUGACGGACGCAGGAGAGUUGAGACAGGCGAGCCCAAACGGGAUCACCUGAUGUGUGCUGCACAUGUUGGAGGGGCCCAGAGGUCUGGGCUUCAGGCAUUGUCUUGUCUACCACCUUCUCUGCUCCACAAAACGACUCCAGGAACGGAUUCAGCUGCUUCUACCUAAAUCUGGGCCACACCCAGAGGAACCGAGAAGCUGUGCGAAGCAUUUAUUGAGCCGGGUCUAUGGUUUUUGUUUUUAGUUGCUUCAGUUGGUGUUUGGCUCUCGCAGCGUGUGGAGACAACAGAGACCUUUACAUUUUCCUUCUUUCCUUUGGAACAAUAUUGACAGAUUGAUCUUUGUUUUUUGUUUUUUUUAAUAGUACUUGAAGAUUUGAUUUGAUUUUCUACUAUUUUUGGGGUUGAUUUGUUUUAUUUUGUCUUUGUUGCAUUAACAUUUAAAGUGGUUGUGUGGGAAAUGUAAUAUGUGUGCUGUUCCAUAGAAUCCUUUUUUGUUUUUUAAUCCAGAGGUGGGCGGAGACACGUUGGAAUCCAAGUCCCAACUGUACAUAAGACAGCUUUCUAUAGAGACGGUCCAGUGCAGCUCAGCAUCACUCCUUAACCUCUGUGUGUUUCCAGUUCAGCUGCCCUCCACAUGAUUCCCCUGAAAUCAGCUAAACCAGCUGCUCAUGCAAACCUUUUGACCUUCGCUCUGCACAAGCAGCUUCCUGAUCACAGUUUACAUUUCAGUCUCAGCAGCUUCCCCUCAACACAACCUCUUCAUUCGACAGAAGAAACGGGCCGGUUUCCCCUGGCAACCAGCUUGUUGGUAGUCAACAACAAAAAUUUCCUCACAUUUUUUUUUUUUUUUUUUUUGGAAUUUAGGGAAACAUUUUGUUGCAGACAAAGAUUUAAUUGGGAAACAUCAACCCCAAAAGCUUUUUUAAAUUGUAUUUGUCUGAAAAAGCACUUCAGCUCAUUCCGUGGUUGUUGCCGACACGGCAUAAUGGGGCCCCCCAGAUUUCUGCGAUGGGAGCAAGUCGCCUACAUGCAGGACUGUGCAGCUUGAAGAGGCUUAGGGUCAGAGAGAGAUCUACCCUCAGUCUGCUGCUGAUGAGCCCAAAUGCUGCUGUUGAGAAUUGUCGUAAAAGGAGCUGUGGCGGUCUAGUCUUUAACUGUGAUCACCUUCAGAUCUCACCCACAGCUGAGAGAAAGAGACUAAGGAGCGAGCAGACAUUCACACAGCUUUGCUGUCGGGUGGAAGCGCUGGCAGGGGGAGCUGCACUGUUCCUGCGGAGCAGGCCGUGGCCUGCUGGAAUACUGCUCAGCCUAUUUACUGAUUAAACACUGAAUACGCGCUCUACUGAGGAAUCUCUGGCGCCAACCGUUCUUCACUGAUCUGUUCAGGCUGGAAAAAUCUGCCGUGUUGGAGCAGUCUUCUAAAGAGGCUGUUUUCAUACUGUUCAUUAUUAUUAAUACUUGGCUAAUAUGCACACAUUUGUUUUUUUUUUCUGUACUUUUGGUUCUUAUGUAUGCAGAUGUGUUGAUUUAUCUGAGCCACAGAAUGACACGAUGCACUGCUACUCCUGCAGUCCAGUCCACAGGCAAACGAAUACAUCCAGCUUCAUUUAAACAUUCGUACAGUGUACACAGAUAUAUAUAUAUUAUAUAUGUAUAUAUAGAAGGUGGGACUGCUUUGGUUGUUUAAGCUAGACUUUUGCAGCUGUUUUUCUACUACCUCCUAAUGCCAACAGAUUAUAGAUCAGCCAAGAGGAUGAAAUCAAUAUUUGCAGUCUGUUAGCAUAUGCAAACAAAUACCGGUUCCUUAGUGAUCCACUUUAAGACCACACACCAAACAUGGAUCCAUUUCCUGCAUACGAGGUAGUCUCAUUUCAAUGUUAUGCAAUAACAGAGCUUAUAUUGUUUGGUUCUAUGAAAUAAAAUUUAUCCCAGCUGCAAUUUCUCAGAUCAUUAUAGAACUCUAAGGAAUAGAUCAUUUAACAGAAUCUUAUAACUGUGAUUAUUCAGGGGUGAGGGUUCAAAUGGAACGCUCGCUGGAUGGAAAUGCAGAGCAAGCUCAGUGACGCUAGCAGGUCCACACUUUCUCUUUCUACCAGUUAGGUUCAUAAUCCACUUCUCAGGAUGCUUUCCUCUUAUCUUUAGAUGUUUAGUGAUGUGGGGGGUCUGCAGGGUCUGGGAGGUUCAAUCAUCUUCAUGUUCGCUCCUUCUCCGGGUCUAAAGCAGAGCUGUAAAAACUGUUAGCCUGUUGACAGUCCAGAAACUCGACCACUCUUCCUCACUGAAAUUUAACAAAAA